UGGUUAAUCGAUCCACCUAAUGCCAUUUAUGCACAAAUACCCUCACCCGACCUCCCCUUGGACCUUUUGAAUAACUAAAAUGGUGAUGGGCACCACUAUUGUCUCCCCGGGAGAAUACCACUCCAUUACCAACAAGAACAACCCCAACAAGAACAACCUGCAUACGAACCACCACCCCUCAUUCCUGAACAACCUCAACCACAACCCAAUGCUCACCAAUAUUCACCAUUUGAGCAACAAAUGCUAAAUAGCAUGAAUGCUCUAAACCUCAACUACACUCAACUUCAGGAGGAAGUUGUAUUGUAUAGAACUGAGCAAACGCAGAACUAUGAGAGGAUAGAGGAGCAAAGACAAGCGGACUGGAAGAGAUACGAAGAAGAUCGGCGGAGAGAUCAGGAGGACCAUAGGAGGACUUUUGGCCCUAUCUACUCCUAUGUAGCACAUCAGGGUGACUUUGCAUCUAUGGCCACUCCUCCUCCGGCACCCUCAUGGUAUAACCCCACUGAAUGGGGUUAUUUGGCGGUUCGAGCUCUAGUGGUGGAGGCGGGGAUGACGGAUACGGCGGUGAUCACAAGGAUGAGGAUACACACUUUAGGGACUACCAUGGCUAUGGAGGAUUUUUUGAUGGCGGAGAUGCAGGCGGGCACUAGGCACUGUGCCAUGGACUAGCAGUAUGUGGGGGAGAUCUUUCCGGAUCCUAAGGAUGAUGACUAAAGAGAGUUCAUUGCAUGAGGAAAUUGGAAUUGAAGAUCCUUUGAUGUAUUCUUUUUAUGUUGGGG